AUGGUUGCAGGAGAUUAUGUGAAAAAUGUGUAUGAUGUAACUGUUGGCUAUUCGGAUGGAAUUGUGAGCUCAGAGUUGGAGAUCCUUCUGAAGGGACGCUUCCCGCACAGUGUGCACUUUGAUAUCAAAUGGUACAAGGAGAAUGAACUUCCCAGUGAUGAACAUGAAUUGGCAAUCUGGCUAACAAAGCUCUGGAAUGAUAAAGAACAUCGGCUGGAAAAGUUUUAUAAAGCAGACAUCACCGAACGAAUGUUUUUGCCAAGUGGCAAGAAGCAUGUUUGGCCGGAGCUAACGUGA